UUGAUGACCAGAGUGGGCAAAUUCACCAGAAGCGACUCAAUCUGAGAAGACAAUGUCACUGCCGGUGGGACCAGGUUUGCCUGAGAAGGACGGUUCUUGCAUUUUCUACAAGUUGAUUGUGGCCUCCAUUCUGGAAGACAAGAAGCUGAGAAUACCGGACAAGUUUGUUAGGAGAUAUGGCGAAGAACUUUCAUCAGUUGUUACACUUACCGUUCCAAAUGGCGGUGUCUGGCUUGUGGUGUUCGAAAAAGUCAACCAGAAAUUCUGGUUUCUUAAUGGUUGGCAUGAAUUUGUAGAGUACUACUCCAUUCAAGCUGGCUAUUUCUUGGUCUUUAGAUAUGAAGGAAAGUCGAACUUCAAUGUUCAUAUCUAUGAUCUGAGAACCUCUGAAAUCAAGUAUCCAUGUGCAACUGUCUGUAAUAGCCAAGAGCCUCAUCAUCACGACAAGCAACCUCUUCCUGACUCUGUGAAUGAUGGACAGAACAAUGCUCCUGGAAAAAUUAUGGAUUCUAAAAUCAAGCAAGCUCUUACUACUUAUGGAAACAUGAGUAUGAACAAUGGGACCAGUGAAGACUACCUGCCAAAAACAGAUGCAAAGGAUGGAACUGAAACAUUUCGACCUACUCGGGAUAUAGGUAUUCAGAUUGAUGCAAACAGGCUCAUGACUGCUGCAGAUGAAGUUGAUUUGCAUUUGAAUAUUGGAGCAGAACCAAGAACAAAAAAGAUUAAACAAGAAACCGAAUCAGGCAAAGUCCAAGUGAAACAAGAGUUACCCGGAACAGAAGCUUUUUCCAGGACUUACAUACGAAGAGAAAGAAUCUUCACAGCAGAAGAGAAGGAAAGAGCAUACAAUGCUGCUUUGAUGUUCAAGCCUAAUAAUCCUUCUUGCACAGUUAUCUUGCGACCAUCAUAUGUGUAUAAGGGCUUGCUUUUGCAUAUGCCUUGCAGAUUUGCUCGAAAGUAUCUGAGUGGGGUUACUGGAUUCAUCACUCUUCAGGUUCCUGAAGGAAAGGAAUGGACUGUUCGCUGUGUUACCGUGGAUGGUGCUGCUAGGUUGGGCAAGGGAUGGCCUGAGUUUGUGUGGCAAAAUGACUUGAAUGAAGGGGAUGUUUGUGUCUUCGAGCUGAUCAGCACGAAAUCUGUGGUGCUGAAAGUGACCAUAUUCCGAGUUGUUGAAUUUGCCCGAGCACCAGCUAUGAAGCAUUAAAGUAUUACAUUCAACAAACCAAUCUCAUGUACAAUCCAGUAGUUUGUAGUUUAUUCAGGUUUAGCUUCCUGUUCUGCUAAUACCCUAUUAAAAGUUACAGACAAUUGUCUCCGGAAU